CCUUGAUCGCAGUACUGACGACGACAGCGAUUGAAGCAUGCAGACAUCGUUGGUUGGAAGUAGCGUCGGCGGAGGAGGUGCAUCAGCUAGUGGAGAUCCAUACUACGUAUUCAAGGAGGAGCUGGAGACCAAGGUGUCGUCGAUCCAUCACACGCACAAGCGGUGGAAACUACUAUGGAACGACGUCGGUGGCUCGCCGACAAACAAGUUCCCCAAAACCACCGAGGACUUGAAGAAAGAAGUGGCGUCGGCGGAGCGGUCGUUGGGCUUCCUGGAGCAAAGCAUCCGAGCGAUCGAGAGCGACCGAACCAAGUACGCGCACAUCGAUCGCGUCGAACUGUCGGGGCGAAAGGCAUUCGUAUCUUCUACACGCCAUGAACUCAUGAGCAUCUCCGCAGAAGUGUCUUCCGACGCCGUCAAGACUCGCGUGCUCCGGGAUGAACGCAGGUUGUUGCGAACUUCGUCAUCAUCGCAACAGAGCGCCGCGUCGUCCCCCACCACGACCACCACGACCACCAUCGAUCGCAACGCGAUUCUCGUGGACGAAAAGGCGCGGCAGCAGCAAAUCGUGCAAGAUCAGGACGAGAACUUAGAUCAACUGCACACGACUGUGAGUCGACUGGGUCACGUCGCCGUGGACAUCAACGCGGAAAUCAAGACCCAAAACAGGUGCCUAACCACCACUAACACCACCACCAAUAUAACUGCGUGCUGAUGAUCAUGCCGUGAUCUCCUUGACCCGAUUGUGCUGCGUAGAAUGCUCGAAGAUAUGGAAAUGGACGUGGACGAUACCCAGGAACGAAUGAACUUUGUCAUGACGCGCAUGAGUCGGCUGCUGAAAACCAAAGACACUUGUCAACUCGGCGGCAUCCUCAUGCUCACAGGCGUGUUGAUUGUGCUCGUGUUCUUGGUCAUAUACACAUGAGAUUCCCAUCAUGUCCUACAGUAUCUACCACUUAACUAGUACAAAUGUGUCUCGUUCUCUUCACCACAAA